AUGUACAAAUCAAGAUUGCAGGAACUCUGCCAGGGAUGGAGGUUGGCGCUUCCAAAAUACGAAACCAUCGAAGAUGGCCCCAGUCACAUGCCUCGCUUCACUGCCGCCGUAACUGUACACGGACAGGUAUUUGAGACUCUAUUGCCAUCCAAGUCUACUAAAGAGGCACAGGAAACCGCCGCUCAAAUCGCAUUUGAGUACUUCUCCACUCCUCUGUCUCGUCCAACUCCUUCUCAUGCGAAAUCCCAAUUUCCCCUCACCCCACUAGAACAACAUAAGAGAAUGGCAGGAAAGAAAAUAUGCAAAUCAAGAUUGCAGGAACUCUGCCAGGGAUGGAGGUUGGCACUUCCAAAAUACAAAACCCUCGGAGAUGGCCCCAGUCACAUGCCUCGCUUCACCGCCGCCGUAACUGUACACGGACAGGUAUUUGAGACAUUGCCAUCCAAGUCUACUAAAGAGGCACAGGAAACCGUCGCUCAAAUCACAUUUGAGUACUUCUCCACUCUUCCAUCUCGUCCAACUCUUUCUCAUGGUAAUUUAUAUGUUCUUUCAUUUUGA